GGGAGCGCCACCGCGGCACCGGCCCGGAGGACGGAAGGAGAUAACGCGGAGGCCGCGCCGCAAGCUCCAGGUACCCGCGCUCCUUCCAGGCAGGCUCCCAACCCAUCACCUCUCGAGCCAGUGACACUCUCGCCGGCGCUCCGACCGGUGGUCCUCUCUUGCGGUUGGCGUUAUCCGCUGGAGUUUGCCCCGGGCAGGGAAUGCGGUAGCUAACGCCGGCCAAAGCCUUGGGGGGAGGGCGAUGGUGGCGCCGCCGAGCGUGCUCAACCUGGGCGGAUGCGGGGUCUUGCUCCCCGCCUCGGCUGCUGACUCGAGCGCGUCUCACGGGCUCUUGUUGAGGAGGGGGAGGGGGUGGGGGAGCGGGAGGGUCUCCGUUGCGCCGUUGGGUUGGGGUUUGACGAGGAGAGGCGGGGUUUUUGACGCGAGAGCCGAUGGUUCUGGAGCUUCGGGUGCCGUCGCCAGCGGCGAGGGUGGUCCCGGUUCGUCGGGGUUGCGGCACAUCGAGAAGGACCUGACGUUUAGCCCGACUUUCACCGACUAUGUGAAGAUCAUGGAGUCGGUGAAGUUGGACAGGAGCAAGAGUCUGCAGGGCCAUGAAUCGGAUGGAAAUAACUCGAGGAGGAGUUUCACGGGCAAUGAUGAUGCAUGGGUCGUUCGACGAGGCGAUGGGAGGUCAGGUGAUGGAAGGAGUAAAUCUUUUGAUGAGAGAAAGGGUGCUCAGAGGAACAGAGGGGAUGCCAAUAGGAGGGGUAUGAAAUUAGGAAAUAAUGAUAUUCAGAACAAUAGUACUAGGUUAGUAGAGAAAAAGAUGCUGGAUGAUGUUGCGAAGAGUCAUAGGAGACAGGGAAAGGUUGAAGAAUAUGUACAGAGAAGAAUUGUUCGAGGUGAGCGGAGAGAAAAUGAAGGCAAUGGUGAUAAAAGUGAGCACUGGAAGUUUACAUCUCAGUUGAAGAUGAAAGAUACUAGAGGUAGUUUGGUUGCUCAUCAACCAGAGAGAAACAAGCAUGUUCAGUGGAAUGGACCGAACAGUUUGCGAGGACAGAAGGCUUCAGAGAGAAGCAAACAUGUUCUGUCGAAUGGACGAAACAGUUUACCAGGACAGAAGUCCUUGAUCUUAAGCCGUAGUCCUCCGAAUAGCAGAAUUAUAUUGGAGAGUACCAAGCCUAUGGUAGUAAGGGAAAAAGAGAACAUUAGUAGGACAUCAAGAAGUGUACAGGAGAACAAUUUCAAUUAUCCUAGGGAGAGAAAGAUUUCCAACUAUGAUGUCAAAGCUGAUGGUAAAUUUCAAAGAUACAAGCAAACAACAGAAUUUUCAGGGAGAGACCUUGUAUUGGGUAAAUUUGGACAGGGUGAUAUUAAUUUUAACAAGUCUACUGUAGGCAAAAGAUAUGUCAAUGAGUGGCCAAAGUCUGGGCAUGAUGGUCAUCGAAUGGAUGGUUUGAAGCACGUCAAAUCUGAAGCAAUUCGAAUGCAGAGAGGGGAAAAUGCUCAAGCUGGGAAGUUUAUUAGGAGGGAUGCAGAGGCUACAGACUUGGACGACAGAGCUGCUUUCAAGAGUUUUGAAGUAUUCACUGAUGUCAGAAACAGGUCACGGGUUCUUCAAAUGGAACUGGAAGAUAAAAUUCAGAAGUUAGCUAGUCGGUUGAAUGCUACAGAUGUGAAUACUCCAGAGUGGAAAUUCUCCAAAAUGAUUCAUGAUGCAAAAAUCAAAUUCUCUGACUACUCUAUCCUAAGGAUUGUCCAAAUAUUGGGUCGAUAUGGAAACUGGAAACGGGUUUUGCAAGUUGUUGAAUGGCUUCAAUCACGUGAAAGAUUCAAGUCCUACAAGAGCAGGUAUAUUUAUACAACAGUGCUUGAUGUUCUUGGGAAGGCAAAGAGACCUUUUGAGGCAUUGAAUGUAUUUUACACCAUGCUGGAUCAAUUGUCCUCUUAUCCAGACAUGGCGGCCUACCAUUGUAUUGCUGUGACUCUUGGUCAAGCUGGUCUUGUAAAAGAGCUGUUCGAUGUGAUUGAUCGUAUGCAUUCUCCUCCUACAAAGAAGUUUAAGCUAAGUCCUAUCCAGAACUGGGAUCCUCGGUUGGAACCAGACCUCAUUGUGUACAAUGCGGUUCUGAAUGCUUGUGUGCAACAAAAGCAAUGGGAAGGGGCAUUCUGGGUUCUGCAACAGUUGAAAGAGAAGAAUAUCCACCCAACAAAUACAACAUAUGGUCUUGUAAUGGAGGUAAUGCUUGUUUGUGGCAAGUACAACUUGGUGUACGAGUUCUUCAGUAAGGUGGAGAAAUCGUCAAUUCCUGGUGCUUUGAACUAUAAAGUUCUCAUUAAUGCGCUUUGGAGAGAAGGAAAGGUUGAUGAGGCAGUGAUGGCGGUGAAGGAUAUGGAAAGUCGUGGAAUAGUUGGUUCUGCCAGUCUUUAUUAUGACCUUGCUCGGUGCCUUUGCAGUGGUGGCCGGUGCAAAGAGGCACUUCUCCAGGUUGAGAAGAUUUGCAAGGUCGCAAACAAACCACUAGUUGUUACGUACACAGGACUGAUCCAAACUUGUAUAGACAAUGGAAGCAUGGAAAAUGCUAAAUACAUAUUUGAAGAAAUGUGCAAGUACUGCUCACCUAAUAACAUCACGUGUAACAUCAUGCUGAAGUCAUACACCAAACAUGGAAUGUUUGAGGACGCGAAAGGUCUAUUGGAGAAUAUUCUCAAUGGUAGGAUAACGAGUAAAGUGGAAUUGAGUCAGAAGGCAAUUGCUGACAAGUUUACUUUCAAUACUUUCAUGGAGGCCUGUGCUGAAACAAAGAGGUGGAAUGAUUUUGAGUAUGCAUUCCGCAAAAUGUUAUCUAGUGGCUACCACUUUGAUGAACGAAGGCACCUUCGUAUGGUGCUUGAUGCAUAUAGGAAUGGGAAGGAGCAGUUAUUAGAAGAUGUAUGGAAUUACCUGUGCCACCAUGGCCGAGUUCCGCCUGCCCCUAUGAUAAUGGAGAGAUUUUGCCUGAAACUGAGACAAGGUGACACGGUGGCGGCGAUCACCUGCAUCAAUACCUUUCAGGAGAGCAAGAUACGCAAUGUUUCAUCCAUGUCCUGGUUUAAACUGCUGAACCGUAAUGCGGAUCGCUUGAAGGAGGAUAAUAUUAUCAAGCUAGUUUAUGAACUCAACAAACUUGUAGCCUCGAGUGGUCACUCUGAUUCUUUGUAUCAAAAUAUUUUAAGUAGCUGUACAGAGUUCCUUUCUGGUUCCUCCUCUGUAGAAAAGGGAUCUCGUGAUCAGCAGAUGCUUCCAUGUACCUCAUAACCAGUAACCACUAUACUAUAUAUAAAGUAUGCCGUUAUCUGCAAGGAUCCAGAGCAUGGUCAUUGGUCA